AUGGCCCACUCCCACAUGGACCACGGCGACAUGGGCCACGGCGAUAUGGAUCACGACAUGCCGAUGCCCAUGUGCAGUAUGAACAUGCUCUUCACCUGGAAGACGGAGAACCUCUGCAUCAUCUUUGAAAGCUGGAGAGUCACCGGUCUCUGGUCUCUGAUCGUUACUCUCUUCGGCAUCAUGGUUCUUACUGCUGGCUAUGAAGCCGUCCGAGACGCUUCCCGCAGAUAUGAGCAGAGACAGGCCAUCGUGCUCGAGAGCAUGCCUCGCAAUGCUGUCGCGGAUCAAGAGGGCAAGGGAAAGGUCGCAAAGGCGGCAUUUUAUGCUGUGCAGGUGUUUUAUUCGUUCUUUAUCAUGCUUCUAUUCAUGACCUACAACGGUUGGGUCAUGAUUGCAGUGGGCGUUGGUGCCUUUAUUGGCUAUCUGUUGUUCAGCGGUUCUUCUGCCUCCAAGAGUGCUGCCUGUCAUUGA